CAGCCAGACCCCAUGUAUACAAGCAUCUCUCCUCCCACUCCCCAAGGGCGCAGUCCACCGACACACAGAGUCAGAGGCAAGCAAGAAACAUGGAAGAAGGAGCACGGACAACGACAAGAACAGCACUGCUAAGUGAAUCCUCUUCAACCACAACAUUGAAUCUUGUCCUUAGCACCUUAGUCGCCACAUGUGGAUCUUAUACUUUUGGAAAUGCUGUGGGGUAUUCGUCACCAGCUGAGUCUGGAAUUGAGGAUGAUCUUGGCCUUAACACAGCGGAGUAUUCGAUUUUUGGUUCAAUAUUAACAAUUGGAGCAAUGUUAGGAGCAGUGUUUAGUGGGAAAAUUGCGGAUCUCAUUGGCAGGAGAGGUUAUUGCUUUGUAAAGCAGGCAAUGGGAGUUUCUGAAAUAGUCUGCAUCCUGGGGUGGCUUGCAAUAUUAUUUUCCAAGGAUGCUUGGUGGCUUGACAUUGGAAGAUUUUUAGUUGGAUGUGGAAUUGGGGUUCUUUCCUAUGUGGUUCCUGUUUAUAUUGCAGAAAUUACGCCCAAGAAUGUUAGAGGAACAUUUACAUCAUUUUCUCAGUUGAUGAUAGGUUUUGGCCAAGCGCUCACAUUUCUCACUGGUUCUCUUGUCAAUUGGCGCACCUUGGCUCUAAUAGGAAUUAUCCCAUGUCUAGUACAUCUGCUUGGCCUAUUUCUUGUUCCUGAGUCUCCUAGAUGGCUGGCCAAAUGUGGUCGCAUAAAAGAGUUUGAAGCUGUGCUGCAAUUCCUCAGGGGAGAAAAUGCUGAUAUUUCUCAAGAAGCAGCUGAUAUCAUAGAAUAUACAGAAAACAUUCAAUGGAUAUCUGAAGAUGGAAUUCUAUACCUAUUCCAGCGGAAAUAUGCUUAUUCAAUAUUAGUUGGAGUCGGGCUUAUGGUGUUCCAACAGCUUGGAGGACUUAAUGGGUUUACAUUUUAUACAAGUGUGAUAUUUGAGUCGGCUGGUAAGUUACGAGACUAUAGUAAUUACUCAUGCUUAAUUGAAAGAAUCAUAUCAAUUAUCAUAGAGAAAGGAAGACAUAAUAGCUGCUGUAUGACAGGUUUUUCUAGUAAGCUUGGGACUAUAGCAGCGGCAGUUGUUCAGAUUCUCAUGACAGUUUUGGGAGUACUCUUCAUAGAUAAGUGUGGAAGACGGCCACUUCUACUGAUAUCUGUGGCAGGAACAUGCUUAGGUUGUUUCCUCACUGGACUUUCAUUCUUCUUGCAGGAUCUUCAAAGUGGGAAGGAGCUCAUUCCGAUUUUGGUCCUUAUUGGUGUAUUGGUUUUCUUGGGUUCUUUUCAGCUAGGAUUGGCAGGAAUACCAUGGAUUAUUAUGUCAGAGAUAUUUCCUAUAAACAUCAUGGUUUCCGCUGGAAGCCUUGUGACUUUUGUGAGCUGGGUUGGUGCUUGGAUUAUUGCUGUCACUUUCAACUUUUCAUUUGGGUGGAGCACAGCAGGGACAUUCUUCAUAUUCGCAGGCAUAUGUGGCGUGGGAAUUUUAUUCAUAGCUAAGCUGGUGCCAGAGACCAAGGGGCGUGCACUAGAAGAAAUUCAAAUAUCAAUUACUCAUAGUCUGCAAUGAUCAUUAUAAAUGACAUCAAAUCCUUGCAUCUAAUCACUGUUUGAAUUAUUAAAACAAUUUUCAAAAUUUGUAUGUAUAUAUAUCUAGUUGAAUGUCA